AUGCUUGUCGUUUCCGCUUCAUCAAACUCUCAACAGCACGACGACCGAUCGCCUCUGCUCUCCAAUGCGGAUGGGAGGGAACUCAAGAAACCCACCCCGCUUCCCAAGGGGCAGAUAAUGAUCCUCAUGUUGGUUGCCCUUGUGGAACCCAUCGCCAGCCAAUGCAUCUACCCUUUUAUCAAUGAACUCGUCAGCGACCUCGACAUCACCGGUGGAGACGAGAGGGCGGUCGGAUAUUAUGCGGGCCUCAUUGAGUCUCUCUUCUUUGCGACCCAAGCACUGACAGUUUUCCAGUGGAGCCGCAUAUCCGAUCAAAUUGGCCGAAAACCCGUUCUUCUUGUAGGGAUCUUCGGCCUUUCGCUAUCAAUUCUCUGCUUUGGGCUCUCCAAAACCUUCGCUAGCUUGGUAAUAAGCCGGUGCAUUACGGGAGCACUAAAUGGGAACAUUGGUGUAAUGAAGAGCAUGCUUGGUGAGCUUACCGACUCGUCGAAUAUGGCUCAGGGUUUCGCCCUCAUGCCGAUUAUGUGGUCCUUGGGGUGUACGCUCGGUCCUCUAAUUGGUGGAAUGCUCUCACGACCCCAAGACCACUUCCCGCGUCUUUUUGGCGCCCCUUUCUGGGCCGAAUAUCCGUACUUCCUUCCGUGCGGCAUCGCAUCUGCAUUUGCAGUUGUUGUCUUCAGUAUUAUUGUCUUCUUCCUGAAAGAGGCAAGUAUGCAAUGCAAUCCAAGAACCCGCGUCUUAUCAUCAAGCCAUCGGUACGAUACCAUCAACGAAUCUUCCGCAUAUCUAACCCUCUCCCACACUCCACAAUACGAUGCACCUGUCCCUCUACGGACCCUACUCACUCCGGAGCGCAUUCUGUACAUUGUCAACUAUGGCAUCCUUGCCAUGGUUGAAAUAUGCAUGUUCGUCCUCCUCCCACUUUUCCUUUCCACUCCGAUUGAGCUUGGCGGGCUUGGGCAAACCCCAGCGAUGAUCGGGCUGUGGAUGUCUGGAUAUGGUAUUGUAAACAGUCUCUUCCAGGCGUUUUUCUUCGCCCCGUUGGUGUCCCGUUUCGGCAAAAGGACGCUGUUCAGAGUGAGUUAUGCGUGUUUCAUACCAAUUUUUGCUAUCUUCCCGGUUGUGAACUGCGUUGCGCGGAGUACGGGAAUCUGGUGGGGCGUCUGGGGACUCAUGGGAUGUCAACUGGGUUUGGCAGUUGUUACUGACAUGGCGUUCAGCUCCAUUUUAAUGUACAUUACUACCUCGGCACCCAGUCGUCGUUCCCUAGGCGCCUUAAACGGCCUCGCGCAGACCACGGCGUCGAUAGUGCGUGCCAUCGGGCCGGCGAGUGCUACAUCGAUGUUUGCAUACUCACUUCAGCACGAAUUGCUGGGUGGAUAUGCCGUGUAUGUGGUCAUGAUUGCGAUUACGAUUGUGACUAUGAAGCUUGCCAGCGCGUUGCCAGAGGAAGUUGGGGAAUGGGAGCAGAAAACUCGGGCUUGA